AUGGGGCCCCCGGGCAAUAGGGGAUCAUGGGGCCCCUGUGACCUUGCCCAAACUCAAAAAAGCCUAUUAAAAAGAGGAGGAUAUUGUUCUGAAAUGCGCCAAUUACAGAGGCACUCAUGGCUAGUGGAGAAAGGAGCUCCUGAGAUCACUCUACAUGGCCAGGGGCGGACUGAAAACUCAUAGGGCCCCAGGGCAUUAGGGGAUCAUGGGGCCCCUGUGUCCUUGCCCAAACUCAAAAAAGCCUAUGAAAAAGGUACCAGGGGCAUCUCAUGGGGCCCCCUACUAACCCCGGGCCCACGGGCAGUGCCCGAGUUUCCAUUCGGUCAGUCUGCCCCU